AUGAAUAAUAACGCUAAGUCGAGAAAGAGGUCUGCUAAACUCAGCACAUCGCGAGUUUCGUCAAGAAAGCGACUAAAAAGUGCGGCAGUUGAAGAAUUUUUACAGGAGUCAGACGAAGAAAUUUAUGCAGACAGUGAUGUUGACGAUAUAGACUACGUAGCAGAUAAAGGUAAUGCAAGUUCAGAAUCUGAAGACGAGGAAGAGGAGGGAGAGAUGGCGAGUGAACAAUGUGGUGCUAUCUCCCGUCGUCAAAAUCUAUUGCCGCGCCGAUCGUCGUUGCCUGCGAUGUCCGCCCUAGAACAACUCCGGCCCCGUCCUAACCAGACCUCAGGGACGACACCUGCGCCUGAGCAGCCAUCCAGAGCAGCAUCUACGACACGUUGGACAACUAAUUCUAGUUCUAUGAGGGAUUUUCCUUUCACCAAAACAAAUGAACUGCUUGUGCCAGAGCCAGCAAAUCCUAGAGGGUAUCUUGAUUUAUUUCUCACCGACGAUUACCUACAAAAAAUUGUGGAUUGCACUAAUAGACAAGCAGAAAAAUUGAAGAAUUCUUCGAAGCAUCGCAAGGGUCGUAUUAUAAAUUGGAAACCACUCACUCUAGAAGAGUUUAAAAUAUUUAUUGGCUUAGUUUACCACUCAGGCACAGCUAAAAUGAACCGUUUGGUUGAUCAUUGGAAAUCGCAUCGAUUAUAUAAGUCAGUUUUCCCUGAAUAUAUGUCGAGAAAUAGGUUUCAACUUAUUUUGCGAUGCCUACAUUUUGUAGAAGAAGGUGAGGAUCCUGCCCGCAUGAAUAAAUGCAAAAUGAUAAUAAAUACCUUCAAUGACACAAUGGAUAAGAUCUAUUAUCCCGGAAGAAAUUUGUCCUUGGCCGAAUCAAUGAUUUUAUUUCGUGGCCGCCUAAUUUUUAGGCAAGACAUAAAAGGAAAAAGGCACAAAUACGGAAUAAAACUGUAUAUACUGGCAGAACCAAAUGGAACUAUUCUAAGAGCUCAUGUUUUUGCCAGUACACUGGAUGAAACUUCAGGCACUGGACACACGGAAAAGAUUGUAGAAAAGUUAUUGCAAAAAAAUUUGAAUUAUGGUCAUGCUGUAUUUAUGGAUAACUUCUACAAUAGCUAUGGCUUAGCUACCACAUUGUUGGACAUGAAUACUUAUUGCACUGGCACACUGAACAAGAAGCGAAAAGAUAAUCCAUCUGAAGUAAAUUCCAAAAAACUAAAAAAAGGUGAAAAUAUAUCACGUUAUCGCAACGGUGUUCAUAUAGGAAAAUGGAAGGAUAAAAGAGAACUGAAUUAUAUCUCCACGCAAUUCGUGGAUCAAAUGCAGGAACUUACCAACAAACGCGGCAAUGUUGUUAGCAAGCCAUUAGCUAUCGUACAGUAUAAUCAAAACAUGUCCGCCGUAGACCUACAGGACCAAAUGCUCAGUUACUAUCCAUGUGAAGGAAAAGCUCUGAGAUGGUAUGUGAAAAUCUUUAUACAUGUUCUAAUGAUGAACAUGAUAAACUCUCGAAUGCUCUACAACAAAUACUCAGGCAAACCUAUCUUAUCAUUAUAUGAUUUUCGAGAGCAAGUAAUUGAGUCACUUUUGCCGGAACAUCCAGUAGCACCACAAGUGUCGGAGCAAAAAGAAAGUCAUAGACUAACUAAAAUUGAAAAGACAAAAGAGCGUUCUUUUAGCACAGGUAGAAAAUCUACUGUUACGGCCAGAAAAGAUUGUAGAAAUUGCUACUCAAAUAAAAAAAGGGUAAACACUACUACGGAAUGCAAGCAAUGCCCUAACUCCCCUCCGUUGUGCAUUGAUUGUUUUUUUGACCUGCACAAGUUUGUUGGUUUCUCUAACAAUCAAUAAAUUAAAAUACCAAGGUGUAAUUUCAAAUGUUUGUUUGUAAGUGUAAAAGUUGAUUGUUGUCUUUAUAAUAUGUGAUUAUAAGAAGU